AUUUCAAAAUGACAUAUAAUUCCACUGUCUAAUCAAUACCUCCUGAAUUGUCAAAGGCGUCAACUAUAUUCCUUCUUCUUAGUCUUGUUACUUUUUUCAAUUUUUUCUCAACACAUAUAUCAUGAUCAUAAAUAUUUUCUCUUCACCUCUCAAUAUAAAUACUCACAAGUUUUGAACCUUUUUUCCAUUCAUUCAUUUCUACUUAUUAUUAUACACUCACUCUCUCCUUCACACAACAAACACAAUACAAAGAUUAUUAAUUAUUAAUACUAAUAAAGAUUCAUAUAGCAUCAAACUUGUUUUCAUCUUUAAGCAUAUUGUAUAGUGAAAGUGAAAGUUCAAUCAAACAACAAUAACAUUAACAUCAACAACAACAUAAAUUACAACAUCAACAACAUCUUCAUCAAGAUUAAUUGAUAUCAAGCUAUGUCUGAAGAACAAUUUCAAGCAAGUGGAAAUUGGUGGGAGACUCCAGCUAGAAACAUGAGAUAUGAAAGUAUUGAACAACAACAACAACAACAACAAUCUUCUUCCUUUGGUGGUUGGCAACAACAACAACAACAACAACAACAUCAACAUCAUGAUACUAUGUCUGCUUCAGGUAGUUCCUCAGUGGUUUUCCAUGAUACUACUCAAAAGCUUCAACCUUCAGAUUCUUCAACAUCAAAUAAUGAUUCCAACUUGCAUAUGAUGGGUUUAGGACUUUCAUCUCAAACCAUUGAUUGGAAUCAAGCAUCUUUACUAAGAGGUGAGAAAGCUUCAGAGGGAAGUUUCAGGUCUAUGUUGCAAGAGAAUUUGAACACAUCAAGUACAAAUUUUGAGCAAGAAACCGGUGGAGUUGGAGUUGGAGUCGGAGUUGGAUUAUCUCAUCAAGUUAAUUGGAGAUCACAAGAAAAAUUAUUCACAAAUGAAUCUUCAAGCAAUGAAUUCAAGCAAGUGAAUAGAGGUUUCUCUUUAGAUCAAACACAAUUUAGUCCUCAAUAUAGCUCUGGUGAUAGUAACAUGAUAAGCCAAAUGGAUUCUUCAGCUUUAUAUGUUAACACUUCAAUUUUACAAGGACUUUUAGGAAAUGAAACUAAUCAAAUUCAACCUCAACAUGGUAAUAAUUCAUUUGAGAAUAGAUCAAUGAAUUUUCCAUACUCAACAACAAGCUAUGGUUUGAGUACAAAUGAGUUAAUGCCUUCUUGGUCUAAAUUACCUCAUCAAAAACAGCAACCAAAUAAUCAAUUGCAUUUUACCAACAAUGCUCCUUUUUGGAAUGCUAAUUCAGAGACUACUAUUAAGGAUGCUUCAUCUAGCUUCUUGCCCCCAUUUUCCACACCAAAUUUUAGUGCGCAAACAAAGAAUAUAUCUGAAGGUAGGGACUCAAGUAGUGUGGUUAAAAAAAGUGGGAGUGAGCCUGCACCUAAAAGGUCCAGAAAUGAAACCCCAUCACCUUUGCCAGCUUUUAAGGUAAGAAAAGAGAAGAUGGGUGACAGAAUCACUGCUCUCCAACAAUUGGUUUCACCUUUCGGAAAGACUGAUACAGCCUCAGUGCUCUCUGAAGCAAUUGAAUAUAUCAAGUUUCUCCAUGAACAAGUGACUGUUUUAAGCACCCCAUAUAUGAAAAGUGGAGCUCCAAUACAACAUCAACAGAGUUCUGGUAAAUCUAAAGAAGCAGAGGGUCCAAAGCAGGAUCUUAGAAGCAGAGGAUUAUGCUUAGUACCUGUUUCUAGUACAUUUCCAAUGACUCAUGAGCCCACAGUUGAAUAUUGGACACCAACAUUUGGAGGAACUUUCAGAUAAUUAAUAAAUGUUUUUGAAGAAAAAAAAUAGUGGCACUGAACCAAUACUUUGCAACUAGGGCAAGUCUUAUCAAAAACCAUGUCAAGUUGGUAAUGAUAUGAUGAAAGAAAAGAAAAAACACACAAGGCCAUAUAAAGUUUGUUAUCUUGAAAAUGUGUUUAAAGAAAGGAAAAAUUUGAUCCGUUUGGUCGGAAGAAAAGAAAGUAAAAAGGAAGAAAAAUACGGUAAUCGAAUAAUGAAUUUAGAGUAAAAUUUAGUUUAAAUUCAUUCAUCGAUUUCCGUAUUUUUUUUUCUUCUCACUUUCAUUCAUUUCAACCAAACAGACCAGAAAUGACCCUUUGAUUUAAAGGACAUAUAGGAGCCAAUUGAAUUCAAGUUUAUGAAGAAUGAUGAAAGAUUUAGGCCAAUUUUGGGGACCAAUGUGAGCACAUUAACUUAAUUGUUGUAAUAAUUGAAAGAUUAUAUGCUUACAAAAAGUGGGACUAUUUGAAUGACAAAGUUGCUGAAUAUAGGGAGGUUCUAAUUCUAAACUAGAGGGGAAAUUUGUUGUUAACAAAAAGAUAAAGAGGCUUUUGUUAGUUUCUUCUUGUUUUUUAUUUUGACACGUAGUUUCUUCUUGUUAUAUAAUAUAUUUUGUUAAUAGAA